AUGCAUCCGCAUGUGGACAGUUCCGUCGGAGACGACAACCAGCAAGACGUGGGUAACUACAUGAUGGAGCUGGAGCGACUACUGCACGUCUACGAGCCGGGCAACGAAGCGUCGGCCGCGCAGUUAUUGGAGACCUACGCGGGUAUGGAGCAUGAGCUCGUCGAGUGCUAUCGCCUUUAUUACGCAGGCAUGGGCAGCUUUCGCGUAGCCCUGGAUAGCAACCAAGAGGCCGGCUUUCAGCGGGCCUCGUCUUCCGAGCCACUGCAUCUCCCCACGUCGGCUAUUAGCACCUAUCUGCAUGCAAAGCUGCAGUCGAGACGGGGUGGCGCGGCCCGCAAUGCCAAGCUGGAAGACGUGCGAAGACCCACGGCCGCUGGCAGCCGCAGCAAAAGGCGCCUUGCGACCAUAACGCCCAGACGACGAGCCAUCAGCUUCACGGCCAGCUUGCAGCAUGAAGCUGGUGCUCGGAACGAAGACGAUGAGAACGAGGACGAGGACGAGGCUGGCCUUAUGCGCUGA